CCCAAUCCCACGCGACUCCUCCCAUCGAACCAACAAAGAAAUAACAGAGGAAAAAACAGAGAAAUCAAGCGACCUCUCCGUGACGGGUAGGGUUCCAGCCUGCGGCACCCUUCCGGCCGGGCUGCUAGCGGCGCGCCGCCCCUCCGGCCUACCCCUUCCUCUGGCGCCAACUCCCCUGUCCCUGCCCCCAAGCAGCCCGCCAGCGCCGCCGACCAGACCUUCGCCCUUCUUCCACCGCCGCUCCUCCUCUGCAGGUCUAGCCUGCCAAGGUGAAGACUUGGGACGAGAUAAUGUGCCAUUUCACAGGCAAGCCUCGCUGAUUCCUUCUUGGCCGAUCUUGACGAACUUUCAGACAAUGAAGCCUAUCCUGAAGAAGACAACGCUGAGGCAGUGGGUGUGGAUGAGGAUGGUGAUGAUGAUAUGCCUGACCUCGAGUCUCUUAAUCGUGACGAUCUUGACAGUGUCUCAAAACUACAAAAGACACAACGUUAUAUUGACAUAAUGCAAGUCCAUUUUCUGCAUGCAGAAAGUCGAAGGAGCACUUGAGAAAGGCACAGAUUUGUCUAAUCAAGGGUUCAUCCUGGAGGAGGAUCCAGAGUACCAGCUCAUUGUAGACAAAUCUGUGCCUUUCGCAACUUGUUAGAAGAAAUUCGUAAGAAGAUCGAGAAGUGGCGAGAACCACCUCCUGCAAAGCUUCCAAAACCACUUCCUGUACCAGACUCCGAGCCUAAAAAGAAGAGAGGGGGUCGCCGCCUUCGAAAAAUGAAAGAAAGAUAUGCGGUAACUGAUAUGAUGAAGCUUGCAAACCGAAUGCAGUUUGGAAUACCAGAGGAGAGCUCAUUAGGUGAUGGUUUGGGGGAAGGUUACGGCAUGCUCGGGCAGGCCGGAAGUGGGAAGCUACGUGUCUCAGCUGCACAGAACAAACUUGCUGCUAAAGUGGCAAAAAAAUUCAAGGAGAAGAGUUAUGGUAGCAGUGGUGCAACAUCUGGACUGACAUCUAGUUUGACCUUUACACCAGUUCAGGGAAUAGAACUGUCAAACCCACAGGCACACGGGAACCUUCUUGGAAGUGGAAUCCAGAGCACCUACUUCUCGGAGACCGGCACAUUUUCUCGGAUCAGUAGGCCUGGAGAUUAGAAUCUGAAAAAGUAAGAACCUGAUUUUGAGAUCAGAAGCGAUGAUUGUUUCUUGGUCUGAGCGAUUUCAUCCCAUUCGGCACACAAUUCCCAAGAACCAACUGUUGGGAUGCACUUGCGCACAACGAGCUUGUAAUAUUCUCAGAUGUAUCGCAUGGUCUGUAAUGUAAGUACAGUUUCCCUGCAAAAAAGAAAAAUGUAAGUACAGUUUGUGCACUACAACAUCAGAAUGUAUGAGUCAGGCAGUACACAACAUUCAUUACC